GUGAGAUGAAUCUUUCCAAGAAACAGAAAAACUCUUGUCUCCAGAUAGAAUGGAACGAGAUAUAGAAUUGAGUCAUUCGAGGAGACAGAAAGAAUGCGAACCAUAACGACAAACGGACAUCAAUAUGGGAAAAAUUCAUUAAAUUUCUGUUUUUGUACUAUAACAAUGUGGAAAGAAUUCAUAAUUGCUUAUAUUUCCAUCAGGCUACCAAUUUACUGACUCCAUGUGCCUGAACUUUGUCCGUUCCUUCUCGAUCCUGCAGUUAGUGUCAUGUAGCACAUUUCAUCACAGCUACGAUUCUAUUUCUCCCCUGCAGAAAAAAAGGAAAAAGGACUGUCCAAGUGAAGAAAUUGAAACUAGAAGUAGAUCCGAACCAAGUAUAAAAGUGGGUGUGCCAGCGACUAUCCGCAUCAGUAUCACAUCAGCAGUAUCACUGUGCAUCAGGAACUCACCUGUUCUAUCUAUAAUCUGAUAUCAACAUGAACGCCCUGCUGGUUUUCACCAUUAUCGCUCUGGCUACACCAAUCUUUGGUGAGGAGGCACUCGAGCAAAAGAAUCAACAGAAGAGAGGAGUCGUUCCAGUCGGAUAUGGCGGAAAUUAUCUGGGAGGAUACAACGGUCUUAAUUACGGAUACAAUGGUCUUGCCCACGGAUAUCUGAACAACCCCUACUACUACGGGCAGGCAGCUCACGGUGCUGCACCUCUCGCCACUUCUCCUCUUCUUCUGGGUCAUGGUUACAACCACGGUUACAACCAUGCUUACCAAGCUCCAGUCUACACUUCCCCAGCAGGAGUACGUCUGCCCUACGCUGGUCUCGGUCACAAUCUUGGAUACUACAACUCCUGGUAAAGAGCAUCCACGACAGAUUAUCUUCGGGAGAGAAGAUCUUAAUGGAAUUCUGGAUCAGUUAUUUUAUCAUCAUCGUCCCCCAUCCAUCAUCAUCCCUUUUUAAUUUCAAAUUAACAAGUUAAGAAUUAUAGGUUUUAAGGAAUUUAUACUUUGUAUUCGCCGGUGUCUCUAAAUAUAUUUGGUCAUUCAAAUUUAGAAAA